CGACAGGACAUUUGCUGUGCAUGGCACAGGGUGACUCUGUGAGGAAGAAGAAUCUCUGUAGUCCCAUUUUAUCCAAAGCUGCACAGCAUUCCGACACCAGAUCUGCAAUUGCGAGCUGUGAGAACGGUUACGUAAAAGAGAGCGGAAGCGAGAGUGGCCAAAAUUGGAGGAGCGCCUCGCCAGGUCUGGCGCCAUCUUCUCGGCCCCGAGCUAAGCUCUACAUUCACCCUCCCUCGCGCACACAAGUUUGCGGGCGCUCCAGAUCUAGACCGGAGAGGACAUCUGGUGUCAGUGGUGGGGCGCAGGCGUGCGCAAUGGGGGGCUCCCAGCUGGUGGUGUGUGUUGUUUUCUCUGCUUUAUUGCUUCUGGGCACCGCUCAGAGCCAGCCCGUCGGCGCGCCAGCUGUCAACGGCGGGUUUGCUCCCGCGCCAGCUCCCAUAAAGUCAACGCCGGCGCCGGCGCCAGCUGUCACCGGACCCCCUUCUUACAUCGCGAUCAACUGCGGAGGGCUCACUCCUCCAAACGCCUCGAUCCCUCAGUACUACGGGGGGGUGAACUACGGAUUCGGGAACGGGAGCUUCUACCAGCCAAACAACAGCUACGUCUCGACGGCGCCCGCAGGAAAGGGCGACAUUGUGUUCCUGACGGAUAGGUACUAUUAUGGGACGAGCACCAAGCCGAGGCAGUACCUGGGCUUUGCCCCAUUAAGCGGGGCAGAUGGGGCUCUGUACCUGACUGAGAGAUAUGGCCUCAGCUUCACUUACGAACUGGACUUGCCGAACGGCGUCUACAACGUCGACCUCCACUUUGCCGAGACGCAAUUCAACCAGGUCGGCGCGCGCGUUUUCAGCGUCACAAUCCAGGGCGUGAAGUCGGUGCCAAACCUCGACAUUUUCGCGACCGUGGGCGCCAACACCAGCACCAUCGUGACAAGGCAGGCGACGGUGUCAAACGGCCUCCUCAGCAUUCUUUUCGAGACCGUCUCCUCAAACGUAGGCGACGGAGAGGCCAAGGUUAACGCCAUCCGGGUUUACACGGACUCGAGCACUAACGUGCCCUUCCCGGCCCCCCCGAGCUCCUACUUCGUUGACGCCGGAGCGAGCGCUUCCCGCGUUUCCCCCGACGGUGUCAACUACACGAGGGACUCUUACUUCUCGAAUGGAGCCGCCGUCGCCUUCACGUCCGUCGGCGCCCCCUCCCCCCUCUCUGUGGCGCAAACCACCGACGCAAUCGUUUACUCCACCGCUCGCGUCGGCCGCAGCUUCUCGUACUACUUCAACCUUCCGGUUGGCCAUUACCGGGUGGAGCUCGCGUUCGUCGAGGGCCAGUUCACACAGCCCGGCCAGCGGCUGUUCACGGUCGAGAUCCAGGGCGUGCAAGCUUUCUCGACGAUUGAUAUUAUUGGCAACUCGACCUACGCGCUUUCCCCCGCGCCCGCUCCCGCCCCCGGCCCCGCCUCAUACCUUUACACCCCAACCUCGUUCAACCUCACAACCGCGGCCGCCGUGGCCAACGGGCUGCUCCGGAUCGACUUCAACGGAACCAACGGCGGGAACGCGACCGUUUCCGCGAUCAAAGUGACACCGCUCAAUGCGAACACGAACGGCACGCUCGCGAUCGACUGCGGGUCGCCAAUCGACGUGCUGUCCGGGAAUGGCGUCAUCUUCCAAGCGGAUACCAACUUUUCCGCUGCAAGCUACUCGGUCCAGAGCAACCCGUACCAGGUGUUUUUGCCGUACAACGAUGCUGUCGACGAUUUCCUGUACCCCACCGUGCGCCAGGGCAACUUCACCUACAACUUCUCGCUGCCCAAUGGGACCUAUUUGGUCACGCUCUACUUUGCCGACCUUAACGCGACUGGGCCCGGUCAGCGCAUCUUUGACGUGUACAUUCAGGAGGUGAAGGUGCUCUCGCAACUAGACGUGUAUGCCAGGACGGGCGGCGCCAUCACCGCAUACAUCAGACAGUUCCCCGCCAACGUCACCAGCUCCCGCUUCCUCUCAAUUCGCUUCCAGACCAGCCCCGACGCGCUCUCGCUCCCCAACGUCUCCCCCCAAAACUACGUUUUAAACGGGACCAAUUACGCCAACGCUCUUUACCCCCCCUUCGUGAGCGCCCUCUACGUCGAGCCAGGGAUACCCCCGGCCCCCGCACCCGCAAGAACGGUCGUCGCGCAAGCCCCCCGGCCGAUCGGACCCCCCCCACCGCCGGGCGCGCCCGACCCGUACUUCGCUUAUGUGAAUACCCCGGCGGAUCUCCCUCUGGGACCGGUUCCCCCGGUUCCGACCUUUGGGGGCGCGGCGAGCGCAAACCCGAGCUGCCCUGCCAAUGGGGCGCCGCCGCAGGCGAUCAAUUGCACCGGCCCCUGCCCUCUAUGGACCCCCCCCUUCGGUCUCAACGUCGCCGUAAAUGCCGCCGGCCCCCGCUACGUGUCGUCGUGCGGGAUCGUUUUCGAGGACGACUCCAACAACUCGACGCGCUGCGGUCAGGGUGACGUCAUCCCGCAAGGCGUCCGGUGGUGCAGAACCAACAUCAAGGGACCUGAGGGCGGUUACCAAUUCUCAACGGGCGAGGGCAUUUUCAACACGUCCGACCCGACCAUUUUCCAGAGCGAGUUCAUCGGAUACAACACGUACAAGUUCCGGCUGCCGAGCCCCGGUGUUUACCAGGUGUACUCCUACUUCGCCGAGGUCUCCGGGGACGACCCGAUCAUCAACGUGAACCGGCCCGCGCUGCGAAUCUUCUACAUCCAUUUCAACGGCAACAACGCGGACGCGAUCGGCCCGAUCGAUCCCUUCGUCCUGGGGGGUGACCGGAAGUUUUAUGCUGCGCCGGCGAUUGGACGGGGCGUGCAAUGCAGCUCCAACGAGCUCAGUAUUCAGUACGAGGCGGUCGCGGCCGGUCGGGAUGCGCCGGCCAUCAAGGGUAUCUGGGUUUACGGCCCCGUGGACGCCAACUUUAACGCCAUGGCACCCUUGGGUGCGCAAUCUCCUGCUAGCCCGGCCAGUGGUGUCAAUGCACCCCCUCCCCCCGUCGGUGUGCCCCCGAGUGCCGCUUCGUCCGGUGCCCCAACGCCCGCGCCGACACCGAGCGGCUCUUAAUUAUUUAUAGCGAGUCUUGUGCGUGAGAGUUGUGUCAGAGAGUCUGGGCGCGCAGGUUAGAGAGGUUAAAAACGCUUCCCCGAGUGUGUGUGGGCUAGUGAGGAUCUUGCUUACGCCUUUUUGCAUAUUUUGGAUACAGUGAGUGAGGCUAGUCGCAUCUACUAGGGAUGAUUCCAGUGACAUUGUUAGACGUAACUCAGGAGGCAAUGCGAGAUUUACGAUGAGUAGGUUCGAAGCACAUAAGGGAGUGAGAAGUCAACUUGUUGUGUACGGCUUCAUAGAGGUAGGCUUAUAAGUUAUUCUUUACAAUCAAAUAAGGUCCGGCUUUCUCUCUCGCGACAGUGAGUGCAACUUCCGUUGCAACAUUUCCAGUCAGGAGCUGCGGCUUA